UCCAAUUCUACCAGAGAUAUGAGUUGUAAUUCGUGUGUUCAAGAUGGAGGUUGCGAGUUCCGUGGCUUUCCUUCGAAGUGUCACUGCGGCUUAGACGUUGUCAUUCUCACAUCGAAGACGAAGCAGAACCCAGGGAGACCGUUCUUCCGUUGUCCAACCUUGAAUGAUGGCCAUUUGUUUAAAUGGGUUGAAGAUUGUGUCUACGAAGAGGUUGUAGACGCUAAGCCGAAAAUCUCCAGCAUUGACAAUGAAAUAAACGCAGCCAAAUGUGAGGUUUCAGUCGAGAUUGCAGAGUUAAAGUGUAUGAUCAAUGAAUUGAAGGAAGAUGGAACGUGGAGCAAAAGAGAAAUUAAGAGAAUCAAAUUGUGGUUGGUCUGCAUUUGUUUAACUGUCACUGCAAUUGUUCUCCUAAUGUUGUAUACUUCCAAAAACCAGAAACUUAUGCUAGGUUACUAGUUUCUUUGUUAUUUGGUAUGUGUUUUAGUUGUUUGGUCUUUGUGUUUAUCUUUUGUUCAUGUUGUGUCUUGCUGUAAUGAAAUGCUAGUUUGGCUUUGUCUUGUUUGUGUGUUCUGCCCCUUGUGGUAAUGAAAAUACAAAUUUGUC